CCGCGAUCGCACAAAAGCUCCAGCCUGCCACCUUUGACCUUGAUCCUGUCCAGACCACAGCGUUUUCUCACCUGGAAGCAGGCCUUCCCUUCAAUUCGAUUAUACAUUUCCUUUACUUUCGAACGCAACCAUGACCUUGCCCACAACCACAGCCUCCUGGACCGCGAUCGACCAACCUCGUAAACGCUCGAUAUUGGAGCCACCACUCGCUCCAAUUGCAGUCUGCUACGCAACGUCCGCGAAUGCCCAUAUUUCGAUGUCGCUUGCGCCACGCAGCAAUGCAGCGAUUCUGAUACGCCCUCUUAUCCUGCCGACUCCGCCUACAUCUCCAACAACUUUGACUCCGCCCGUGCCAGCUCAUGUGCCCACAAGACCACUCUGCUGUAUUUUGGACCAGCAACACGAAAACCCAUCAGGGGCUCUCUCGCGUCAACGAACACUUCCUCACGAACCAUUUGUGGGGUCUGGUACGCCAGAGUAUGUUAGCAAUGUCCGCAAACUCGACACUCUGCCAAUGUUCCGAUUCUCUGAUCUGUGUAACGUACACGAGAGCGCCAUCGCUCAAAGCUACGUGAUCGAUCGACUGCAUACGCCUGGACUUGCACCCUAUUCGAUCGCGGCCAUGCUGAAUGAGCCAGAAUCUCCAGAUCCUCCUACGGCCGAUGCUGGUAUGAGCAAACAGGAAUUCAGUGACGGGUCUCAGCGCGAUGAUGGGGCUGAAAUGGGUGUUCGGUCCCUGAGUGUGCUACCUACGCCAACUCACCAGCUAGUGCCAUCGACCAGUCUCGCGCAUGUGAAAAUGCCAAAGGGAAAACGCACUCACUUAGGAAAUGGAAAUGAUAACUCUGCAGGCGCUGGAGGGCAAGAACGGAACAUAAUUGUGGAAGAGAUGAGUAUCUCUGCUCGCGGGCAACUACUCCAUGGCACUGAGGAUGGAUAUGAGUCCGAUCGCAAAGUGUGAGGAGAAGACAUUGUUUGGAGUAUUGGUCGUUGGAGGGUCGAGUCUUGUAGCUUGUCACGUUUCCAGCAGCUGGUCUGUUUGAGGUCACUUCGCAAUACCGGCCGAUUCUAUUAUUCACAAUGGAUGAA